AUGUCCGAGUACAUCGAGCUGAGCACUAUUACCCCCAGCAGUAGUGAAGAGAGUGUGUUUAAUCAACCCAGUACAAGUACAGGGGUGCGACGUAGGGGUGGAUACGUAUCUAUUCCUAUUAACUCGUCUAAUAGUAGUAUCUCCAGUGCCGGCAGUGACAGUAAAUUGAGAGUACCUAAUACACCACGUGUUGGGGGUGCGGUUAUUGGAGCAGGUAGCCAAUAUCAACCAAUAUUCGAAGGGCAAUUGGGAAGAGCAGCAGCUGACCCUAACAACCCUUUAUCGAGAGCAAUAUUUGGUAAUCGAGACGAUUACUACGCAGCCGUUCCUUGGGAAUUGAGACGUUUGGGGUUGAAAGAGCGACAGGAGAAGAUCAAACCGUACGGAGAUCCUUGGAAUAAGGACACUAAGGCUAAAUAUCCAGAACACUGGAGACUAGUAAAUCCUCGCAGGGGACUAAACAAGGCGAAGAAGCAAGAACAAAGGGAAGCACAGGCGAGAAGAGAUUCUGCCAAUCUAGCAAGGGGAGAACCACCACGGAACGGACUAGUUUUACCGUUUUCGAACAAUAUCGGACCUGGAAAUCCAAUACGUCCCGCGACCAACAGAGCUGACCUUAUUGCGCAGGGUCACGACUUACAUUAUCAACAAGCUAAGAGCGAUAGCGACGUGCUGUCAGCGGAUAGAGAAGCAAUCUCACAAUUCGCACACGAGGCAAUCCAGGGUCAGGAUCCUAUAUCUAGGAUACACGCGGCAGUGGGAGGAAUCGGGCUGGGAGUUAAGCACGCAGUCGAACAUUUAAGCGGAAAAGUAUACUACGGUAAGCAAUGCCUAGAGUUAGACCGUUGGGUCCGAAUCCUCAGGAUCGUCCUAAUUGGGAUAGUAUGA